CAGUAGACCAAGUCCACAAUGCACAAGAAAAGGAAGCAUAAUAAAAAGCCUUAAAAGCAAUCACCACUUGCUGGUUCAACAAACCCACCAUAUUACUGCCACAAGCUACCUUUGCUUCUGCUUUCUUUCUUACUCAAUCGAGAAAUGCAACCUUUCUCUCGUAAUUCUCACAUUUGAUUCAAGCUGAAACUUUGAUUUCUCUCUCCCUUGUACUCAUGUUUCAGUUACAGAAGAAUCCCAUCAAACCCAAUUCCCCUGUUUCUCCCUCGAAGAUCAGAGAACAAGCAGUGAUGCCUUACAAAUCAAAAUCUUCAUCAUUGUUGCCUGAUAUGGAUCCUGGGAUCUGGAGCCGGCUGCCGGAGGAGCUUCUUGAUCUUGUAUUGUCUUUCUUGCCGCUUAAAACAUUCUUGAAUCUGAGAUCAACGUGUAAGCACUUUAGUUCUCUUGUAUUUUCUCCUGCUUUUAUGUCCAAACACUCCUCUUCUGGGUCUCCUUUUUGUUCGUUUGUUCUUCUCUCUCACCCUCAGUUUGAUCAUUGCUACUCUUUAUAUGAUUCUGUGCUUGGCACCUGGCGCAAUUUAACUUUAUCUCUCUCUUUUUUGCUACCCUCUUCUGCUGUUUCUGGAAAUUCACAGUCCUGUAAUCUUCUCUCAUCUUCUAAUGGUCUCUUUUGUUUCUCGAUUCCAAGCUCGUGUUCUUUCCUUGUGUGCAAUUUCUUGGCCAAAACUUCAAAGGUUAUUGAAUUCCCAACUUAUCCUUUUGCUUUUGAGUCGCUAACUUUUGUUUCAACCCCAUUUGGGUACAAAAUCUUCGUAUUAUGCUCCAAGUUUUCAUCAAUUUCAGCUUUUAUUUACGAUUCAAGACUCAAUUCUUGGCAAAAAAUUGAUAGCCUUGAGCCAAUUCUAAGGGACAAUUGUCAUCAAGGAGGUGUGUUCUUUAAUGGGUCAUUGCAUUAUCCCACUCCAGAGCCAUUUUCAGUAGUGUACCUUGAUUUGGAUAGCAGAGAAUGGAAGAGAUUUAGCAACAAAAUGCCAGAAGAGCUGACAUUUGUAAGAUUGGUGAGCGAUGGAGAAAGGAAACUGUAUAUGAUUGGUGGGAUUGGGAGAAAUGGGAUAUCAAAGAUGAUGAAAUUGUGGGAGUUUUGUAAUGGAGAGAAUUGGGUGGAAAUUGGAAGUUUGCCUGAAAUGAUGUGUAGAAAAUUUGUAUCAGUUUGCUACCAUAAUUAUGAGCAUGUGUAUUGUUUUUGGCAUCAGGGGAUGGUCUGUGUUUGCUGCUUUACAUGGCCAGAGAUUUUGUAUUACAAGGUUUCAAGGAAGACGUGGCAUUGGCUGCCUAAAUGCCCUUCAUUGCCUGAUAAAUGGAGCUGUGGCUUCAGGUGGUUUUCUUUUGUUCCAGAGCUUUAUGCUUCAGUUUGAUGCACUGAUGUUGUCUUGUUUCAUUAUUUGUUUUUGUUGGUUAAUUCACAAAUGGCUUGUGGAUGUAUGUGUAAUGAGUCGGAAGCCUGGGGACUUGCUGUUUGAUUUAGUUCUGUUGAUACAUAUGCAGAAAUCUUGUUUUUGGAUUAUUCCUAAUUACUUUGUUUUGUCCAACUAGAAGUAUCAUGUUCCCACCAGCUCGGCCAAUAAAAUAUUUUUAGGAAGCAUUUGCUUCAUUUAUAAAAGUUCUUAUUCACAUCA